ACGAACAACGAUGAUGCUGCUGAAGAAACUGAUCUUUUGAAAUCCGCAUCGACAAAGCAGUCAUACAGCGCUACCGAAGAUCCGGUGGAUGUUGAUGAAAAGGUUGACGAUCCAGAUGUUGACUAUACAGAAAACUGUGGUCGCCGAAAACUUUUCUAUAUUCUCCGAAUGUGCUAUAUUUUUAUUUGCCUUCUUGACGGUGUUCAUUGGGCAUAUAUGUUAAGGUUGGUGGACAUUGAUAACAUUUGCUGA